AUGAGCCCCUCUCAAGCACUGCGCGCUGCUCCCCUGAAAGGCACCGAUACGCUCGACAUUCAGCGCUUCCACAUUAGCCUCUCUGUUGGAUCCAACGUCAACAAAUACCCAGGCAAGCAAGCUACACCCGGCUCUGAAUACAUUCUCUUGCUAACUUCUUGCGAUCAAACAGCAAAACAGCAUGCCCGCAAGGUGGCUUCCAAGCUCGGUGUCCGUCGAGGUCUUAUCUUCUUGGUUGGAAUGCCCACGGUAUUCCUCGAUGAUUCAGAUCAAGCGGUACCAUUUCGCCAGCGACGAUACUUUUAUUACUUGAGCGGUGCGAACGAGCCGGAUUGUUACCUUACCUACGAUAUUGCGAAAGAUCAUCUUACCUUAUAUGUACCGGAUUUCGAUUUGCGACAGACAGUGUGGAUGGGUCCUACCAUAUCAAUUGGGGAGGCUUUAGACAGAUAUGACAUUGAUAAUGCCCGGUACGCAGGGUCUCUACAUAUCGAUAUCAAAAAUUGGCUCCGUUCGCGCAACGACGACUCUCAAAUUAUUAUCCUUCAUCCCGAUCAUCGACCACCCGCCGAAUACGAACAAGACAUACUCGACACAGAGAGCCUGAUCCCCGCCAUGAAUGCGGCUCGUGGAGUCAAGGACUCGUACGAAAUCGAGAUGAUACGAAAAGCAAAUGUUGUUUCUGGAUUGGCGCAUACGGCUGUUUUGGAGAAAAUCGGACAGAUGACUAACGAAUCCGAUAUCGCCGGUCUCUUUCUAGAGACGUGUAUGACUCAUGGGGCGGCGGAACAAGCAUACGGCAUUAUUGCUGCUUCGGGCGAAAACGGAGCGACGCUACAUUACAUGAAGAACAAUGAGGAUUUUGGUGAUCGGUUCUCGAUUUGUCUGGAUGCUGGUGCUGAGUAUGAGUGUUAUGCGUCGGAUGUCACGCGCACAUUCCCUAUAAGUAGUACGGGCGAAUGGCCGACCACAGACGCGCGGGAUCUCUAUUCUGCUGUCGAGAGGAUGCAAGAAGAAUGUAUCAGCAUGAUCAAGCCUGGAGUCCGCUUCCGUGAUGUGCACAUCCAUGCCAGCGUUGUUGCUGUCGAGGAGCUAUGGAAGCUUGGUGUGUUCAAAAGGCGCCAUUCUGUUGAUGAGAUUGUAGCUUCUGGGGCUGUUUCUAUCUUUUUCCCACAUGGGCUAGGUCACCAUGUCGGAUUAGAAGUCCAUGACGUCUCUGAGCAAUCUGUGAUGGCAACUACGAAUGAGGUGUCACCGAGAACACGGGCUGGAGGGUUCCUGAUGCAGCCCGCCAGUAUGAUGUCGGCAGCACUUUUAGAGCCAAACAUGGUCGUGACUGUCGAGCCUGGAAUCUACUUCAACCGCCUAGCGCUGAAGAAUGCGGAAACAUCACCCAUUGCCCAUUUCAUCGACUUUGAUGUCGUCGAGAGAUAUAUUCCGAUUGGCGGGGKACGCAUUGAAGACGAUAUACUCGUUACCAGCGAUGGAUAUGAGAACCUUACCACAGCUCCCAAGGGCGAAGCGGCCCUAGACAUUAUCCGGAAGUGCUCUCUGAAGAAACUCUAG